AGUCACGUAGCAGCGCUCGAGCCGUGAAGAACAAAUACGACUAAAAACGAGCAGUUUAAAAACGACUUAUAUUAAAAAAAAAAAAAAAAAAAAAAACAUAAUAUUAAUAUCCAAUUAUCUAUCAAAAACUUGAUCAAUAAUAUCCGUUUGAAAAAAUAACUGUAGCAAUUGUUUUAUCAAUUUUAUUCAUUUUUUUCUGGUAAAAAAAAAAAAAAAAAAUAUAACCAACAAUUUGUUCACGUGUUUUGAAUCGGAUAACUUGACUCAUUUUUCAACAUCAUCGUCAUCAACAUCAUCACGUGGCUUGAGACAUUUUUAUAAUUAAUAAAAGUGAGCAGUGUUAUUUAUUUAUUGGUUUAUUUUUUUUUUUUUUGUUCAUCUUGUCAUCGUUGUGGUGUGGAUUUUAAUGAGCUGUUGGAAAACGCUCUUGACCCUUAGCCGGGUUGCUUGUGUGUGAGAUUUUGAGACGCGCCGGCGGCAUCUAACCUACAACCUUCAAGAAAAACCAUUACUUUUUUAAUUUUUUUUUCUCUAAUUUUUGCUGGAAAAUUUAAUACACAAGAUAUUUAAUCGAGAGUUUUACUCUUUUUUUUGACGAGACAAAAGAUUUUUUUUUUUGAGUAAUUUGUGUGAGUCAUUUGUAUCAACUUUGAGAAGAUAAUUAAAUAUUGUUUUUUCAAAAGUGUAGACAAAUAUUUACUAGUGAUUUUUAUUUUUUUUUCAAAUAUAAAUUCGUUAAAUUGUGAAAUUUAAAAUUAAUUUAUAAAAAAAAGAAUUAUCGCGUUUAUUUUUUUCUUUGUGUGAUAUGUGCAACUGGAAACGAGUUUGAAGAAGAAUUUUUUUUGAUAACACUGAAGGAUUAUUCUCGAUUAUACGUUUUUUGUGUUAGAGACUCCACUGACGGAUGCCUGUUGACUGAAGAUGGCCUCCCCGACACCCUCGUUGGAAUCACGUGCAAAUUCCCUUGGCUCCCUGGUAUCACUAUCUCCGGUGACCGUGAGUGGGAGCUCACCACCAGCAAGUGACUCUGCAAUCUGUGACGUUGACAGUUGUGAUAUCUGCCUGGAUUCAGGCAAAUCAAGUGACGGAUCUUGUCUUUGUCGUACUGGACGUGGUGUAAGGUGUACUGGUUGUAAAUCAACUGAAUCAGACGCUGUUGCACGUUGUUUUGAUUGUGCAAAUUUUCUUUGUCCAAAUUGUGUUAUGGCACAUCAAUUUAUGCAUUGUUUUGAGGGACACAGAGUAUUAAAUCUUGGUGAAUCUAAAAUGGAUUCAAAUAAUGAAUCAAGAACAAAUUUAGUUAUUAGUGGUACAAAUGGAACAAAUGGUGAAAAAGCAUUAUAUUGUCCACGUCAUAAAACUGAAUUACUUAAAUUUUUUUGUCGUACAUGUUCUGUACCAGUAUGUAAAGAAUGUACAUUAACUGAUCAUCCAAAUUCAGUACAUGAUUGUGCACAUAUAGCUGAAGCUGGACCACAACAACUUGAAGCAAUUAGUCGUGUUGUUGGUGAUUGUAGAAUUAAAUCAACUGAAAUAAGAACAGCUGUUAAAGCUGCUGAUCAUAGUGCUGCAAGAUUACAAGUACAAUAUCAUAAAGCACAAAAUGAAAUAAAUGAUACAUUUCAAUUUUAUCGUUCAAUGUUAGAUGAAAGAAAACAAGAAUUAUUAAAAGAACUUGAAUCAGUAUUUUCAGCAAAACAAAUAUCACUUGGUGUUGGUACACAAAAAGCCAAUGAAACAGCUGAUAAAAUUCAACAAACAUGUGAUUUUGUUGAUAAGCUAACAAAAUAUACAACUGUUACUGAAGUGCUAAUGGUUAAAAAAUUAUUAGAUGCUAAAUUACAAGCAUUAAUGAAUUAUACACCUGAAAUUCCAACACAAUCUGCUGAUUUAGAAUUUGUUAGUAAUUAUCAAGCAAUACAAGUUGGUGUUAGAAAUACAUUUGGUUAUGUAAGAAGUAGUUCUGAUAAUAAUAAUGUUGGUCCAAGUAAACAACCACCAAUUGCAAGACCAACAGCAUUAUCAAGUAAUGGAAGUAGUAGUAAUGCAAGUAGUGGUCCAGGUUCAGCUGGUUCAUUGGGUGGUUUAUUAUUAGACAGACCAUACAGUAAUGGACUUGUAUCAACAAAUUCAAAUUCAAAUUGUAAUUCAUCAACAUCACCACCAUCAUAUGAAAGUAAUUUAAUAUCAAAAAGAUUUAGUUCAGCAAAUAGUCUUGGUCCAUUUUCAACAACAAUGACUGAUAUUAAUUUAAAUGGCAUGAAUAAUCCAUAUGAAAAAUGGAGCAAUGGUGGAAGUGAUAAUUACAAUGUAACAUCAAAUGAUCAUUUUUCAAUGCCAAAUAAUAAUGUACAAGCUUCUGAUUCUGUACUUGAUUUAACAUCAAAACUCAUGUCAGCUGCAUCAAUAUUUCCACCAAAAUCACAAAUUAAAAGACAAAAAAUGAUAUAUCAUUGUAAAUUUGGUGAAUUUGGUGUUAUGGAAGGACAAUUUACUGAACCAUCUGGUGUUGCUGUUAAUGCACAAAAUAUUAUUGUUGCUGAUACAAAUAAUCAUAGAAUUCAAAUAUUCGAUAAGGAAGGACGUUUUAAAUUUCAAUUUGGUGAAUGUGGUAAAAGAGAUGGUCAGCUACUUUAUCCAAAUCGUGUUGCUGCUGUACGUCCAUCUGGUGAUAUUAUUGUUACUGAACGUUCACCAACUCAUCAAAUACAAAUAUACAAUCAAUAUGGACAAUUUGUACGUAAAUUUGGUGCAAAUAUAUUACAACAUCCAAGAGGUGUUACUGUUGAUUCAAAAGGUAGAAUUGUCGUUGUUGAAUGUAAAGUUAUGAGAGUUAUAAUAUUUGAUCAAACUGGUAAUGUUUUACAAAAAUUUGGCUGUUCAAAACAUCUUGAAUUUCCAAAUGGUGUUGUUGUUAAUGAUAAACAAGAAAUAUUUAUCAGUGAUAAUCGUGCACAUUGUGUUAAAGUAUUUAAUUAUGAAGGUACUUAUUUAAGACAAAUUGGUGGUGAGGGUGUUACAAAUUAUCCAAUUGGUGUUGGUAUUAAUUCAGCUGGUGAAAUAUUAAUUGCUGAUAAUCAUAAUAAUUUUAAUUUAACAAUAUUUACACAAGAUGGAGCACUUGUAUCAGCACUUGAAAGUAAAGUUAAACAUGCACAAUGUUUUGAUGUUGCACUUAUGGAUGAUGGAUCAGUUGUUCUUGCAAGUAAAGAUUAUCGUCUUUAUAUUUAUCGUUAUCUACAAGUUGCACCAAUUGGCAUGUAGAGACUUGACCGCAAUCAUUGUGUUUAUUUAAAAACAAAUAAUACACGAUGGUGCAAUACAACAAAAUGUCAUUAUAAAAAAUCAUUAUCAAGUCACAAUAUUGAAGAAACAAUCUCAAAUACAUCAACUACAAAUUCAUGAUGAUUUCGUUCAUCAUCAGCAAAUUAUUAUCAACGAGAAACAUCGCCAUUAAAGUUACUCAUCAAAUCGCCUCCAAGAUGAACAACUUCUUCAAUUAUUAGAUACACACAAUAACUAUUAACUAAAACAAGAAAAAAUUUUAAAAGAAAAAAAAAUGAAAAAACUAAUUACCAAGUGAAUGAAGCGAGUGAUAUUAGGGUUUUAUAGUCUUGAGAGAUUGGUCGUUAUUCUCCCUGACACACGCACAAGAGAAUACUUUUUUUUUUCAUUUAGUUUUUUUUUUUUUUUCUAUUUUUUCCUUAUAUAUAUAUAUUAAUAUUAUUAUUUUUUUAAUUUGAAGAAUAAGAUAAUAUGAAAAAAUAUGUUGAAGAAAGAUUAAACUUGAGGCGGACUCGGGAAAAAAAAAGGAAAAUACUUUAACCGAGAUUAAAAAACAAAAAAAAAAAAAAAAAACAAAAAAAUAAAAAAAAAAAAAUCACGUACACAUUUGCGCGAAACUUACUUGUUAAUGUUGUUAUAACUGAAAAUACUGUUGUUGUUGUUUAGUUGUAGAGCUCGCCGCCGCUAGUCACUUUUUUCCCUGCCCCUUUUUUUAUGAUUCACCGUGUUUUAUCAUCAACCUGACUUUUACAAUUCUCCACUUAAAAAUCGACAAACAUUUUCCAAAUUUUCUUUAUCACAAAGUUAAAUUUACCAAAAAUCAAAUUUGAUUUUUCAUUUCAUCAAUCCAUUAUAACGAAACUUUAAUUAAUUUUUCAUUCGAAAAAAAAUUAAUAACACAAGUGGAAGAAAGCAUAAAAUUAAAUCAUAUAAAUUUGGUUAAAAAAAAAAAAAAUCUUGUUAAUUAGAUUUUUUUUUUUUUUCUGUUGUCAAUCAUCAAGUGGAAAAACUCUCUUGGCGUGUUUUUCUAUUUCUAAUUUCACCCUAAAAGUCCUCCUCAUUCAGCUAUCAAGCCCGUUCGUUAUUCUCGUUAGUUUUUUUUUUUUUUUAUAUCAUCUCUUUAAAUAUUUUUAAUAUUUCGAAAAAAUAAUAAUUAUGUUGUGAAAACCUCUUGAUAACUCUGCACUCGGUGAAAAUAGCAUUUAAUUUAAUUAAUAAUAAAAAAUUAAAAUAAAAAAAAUAAUUAGAUGGUUGUGUUUUUCGAUAGCCCACGAAAAAAGAAAAAAAAAAAAACAACUUGUUAUAUUUUUUAAUUCUGUGCAGAGUAAUUCUACGAUAUGUUUUAAAAUAUUUGAGGAACCGAUUAUUGUUAAUUUUUUUUUAAAUGAAUAUUAAAAUAAUUACGUCAUCAUUAUUGAGUUCCUCUAGAAACGCAUCGAUUUUUAGUCGUCGUUAAUGCAUUUCUAAUCCCAGUUUGUUUAUUGAUAAUAUUAUUUACAAUUUGUAUUUCUAUUUCUUUUUUUUUUUUUACUCGUUAAAAAUGUUAUACCUCGGAUAUAAGCCCUUGACAAAUACGGUGAUUCAAUCACCAAUCCGAGAUGUGUAUUUUCUUUUUUUUUUUUUUUUUUUGCAUUUAGAUAUUAAUAACGAAUUAGAUUAUUUCUAAUCAAUCGUUAGUGUUUUUUUUUUUUUUCUCGAUUUAAUUAUUAUUACUUUUUUAAGAUUUAUAAUAUAAAUGUUGCAUUUUUUGAAGAGAAUUUAGAUUUUGCACUAUAAAAAAAAAAAACUAAUAUUUUAGUUAUAAAAACAAGAAAAAAAAAUUGAAAAAAAAAUAGACAAGUCUCAAUUCUUUUUGGGUUUGCUUCAAUUUUUUUUUUUUUUUCUAUCAACCGCAAUAAACGCGGUUUGUUUGUUUGUUUUUUUUUUUUUUUUUUUUUUUUUUACUACGGCUAUUAUUAUUAUUUUUUUUUUUCUAAUUUUAUUAUUUACAGUCCAUAUGUAGUUGUUGUAGUAUGUAGUCGUAGUGAAUGAAACAAGUACUUUAUAAGGUUUGCUCUCAAAUUUUUUUAUUCAUAUAAAUUAUUUGUUUGUUUUUUUUUUUUUUUUUUUCUUUAAUUUUAUUUGACAAAAGAAAAUUCUAUUGCCUGUAAUUUUCACAAUUUAUUAGUGUAUAAUAAAUUUUGUAUUUUCUUGUUUUUUUUUUCAACACCAAUUCAGGAAUGAUCAGUAUAUACAAAUAUGAAUUAUUAUAAAUAUAAAAAUUUUUAUUUUCAUUCAAACCAUUCAAACAUAGUAUUAAUAUAUUUUGUUGGAUGGGUCGUUAUCGAAUUGUCCAUAACAAUUUGUAUCGACUUCAUGCAUGUUUACUAUUUACAAUUAUUAAUUAUUAUGUAUUAUUAUUGUAUUAUUAUUAUUAUUAUUAAUUAUUGUAUAAUUUUUUAUUAUUCCAACAAGUAUGUGUGUCACUGCCGUGGCCUGUUGCGACGAGGGCAAUAUUAUUUUUUGAAAAAAAAAGAAAGAAAGAAAAGAAAUCGUUAAAAAUUGAAAAAAAAAAAAAAAAUUAUCUCAAAUUUAUAAUUGGCUAAUUAAUAAGCCAAAAAUAAAUUUAAAAAAAAAAGUCAAAGAACAAAUUUAUUGAGUUUUUUAAAUAUUUUAUUCUUUAUAUUUCUUUUCUUUCUUUUUUUUUUUUUUUAUUUUUAAAUUGUAAAAAAAAUGUUUAAUAAGACUGCGAUUGCUAGCUGGUAAAAAUUAAAUUCCAAUUUUAUCUCAGUGUAUGAUUAUGUGUUUAUUAUUUAAAAAAAAAAAUUGAAAAUAAAAAAAACGAACGAGUUGAUUAGAGGACACACAGUGAGAAUAAAAAAAAUUCAUAAACGUAAAAUAGUUGAAAUUCUACUGAAUAAAGACACAGAGUGAUAUCUCUAUUUACUUUUUAAUUUUGUUAACGAUAAAAUGAAAAAUAAUAAUUGAUAAAAUUACAGAGGGAAUAAUUCAUAAAACAAUCGGUAUGAAGAUUAUUAUUUUGGUUUUUUAUUUGAGUGUUUUGAGUUGACGUGGAGCCUUGAUUCAGAGCAUCCAAAAAUUAAUAUUAAUCUAGACUAAUUCCUUCAUACCGAUGAAUUAUUAUUCUAAAAUUUAUCAAUUUUUUUUUUCCUUUUUUCGUCUUAAUAUUAAGGUUGCAGGCAACAUGAGCAUUCACGUAAAUUCCGUCAAUCUCAAGCCAAUCACGUACUUACUUCUAAAACAAUUUACAAUAUUUUUUUUGCUUCUUUUUUUUUUUACAUAAACAAAUUAAUCGCCGACACGUUUGUAUUACUAUAAAUACUCUUGCAUUGUUUUUUUUUUUUUUUUUUCUAAAUACAUAAUACAUAUAUUUUUUUUUCAAAGUGAAUGUAUUUCAACAUUGUCUUUGAAAUAAAAAAUUCCAAAACCGCACAAAAAAUUAUAGUGAGAAAAAAAUUUCAAACACAUAGAUAACAAUAAACAAUGCACAAAUAAAAAUAAUAAAAAAAGUGAUAUAAACAAGUACAGAUGAUAAAUAAACAAACAUUUUAGUUAUUAAAUUUAAUAGUUAUUAAAAUUAUCAGUGAUUUCACAAUAAUCAUUACAUAAUUGCACGAGUUGAAUAAUUUUUUUUCACUUUUUCAAUUUGUUAUUUAUAUAUAUUUACAAGCAUGAUGUAAGAUUUUUUCGUUAAUUUUUUUUUUUUACAUCAUUUAAUUGUCAUAUAAGUUAGAUUUUAAAAAAUAAAAUAUAUAUAUUGUUAUUAUGAAAAUUAAAAAUUCAGUCAAUUUGAAAAUUCAUGAAUCUCUUUGAUUAAAAAAUUAUAUCAACAAAAAUUUAUUACCAGCUAGCUAUCGACAUCAGACACAUUUUAAAUGGUCUGAAAUAUAAAAAAGAAAAAAAAUAAUAAUUAAAAUUAAUUACAUAAGUAUAUAAUGCAAAAAAAAAAAUAAAAAAAGCCCAAAAAUUUGAAGAAAAAAAAAAAGGAAAAAAAGUUACGCUAGUUGAAUUAGUUUAAAAAUUUGACAAUUAUUAUUAUUAUUAUUUUUUCUUAGAUAAUAAUACACAUAAACAAUGAUUAUCUUCUUUAAAAAGUUUUUUUUUUUUUUUUUUUUGUACUGGUUUGUUAAUGUUAUUAUUAUUUUAAUUGAUAAAACAGAAUUGUUCUUAAUUUAAAUGUAAAUCGUAUUUUUGUUUGUUUUUUUUUAGUUAUUUUUUUGUUGUAAAAUGCUUUUUAAUAAUAUUUUUCAGUUCAUAUUACAUGUAUUGGUUUUUUUUUCAUUUGCAUUUUUAUUUUUUUACCUUUAUCUAUUUAUUUUUUUCUAUGAUUUUAUUUUAUUCCUUUGAUUGCACUUUUUUUUUUCAAUAUUUUUUCAAAUUCCCUUCAUUUUUUUUUAAUAAAAAAAAAUCUCCAAUCCUUAAUCCUUGAUUUCCUUGUUCGCUGUGAGGCCAAAGUCGAGUUUAAUGAUUAAAAAAAAUAUUAAACUAGCUAUUAGUUUAAUAUUUUUUUUACCAAAAUAACUUGAGCAGUGAUUACUUAACAUUCCAUUAAUUUGUAAUAUUUUUUUGAAAACCAGUAGUAUUAUUUUAUUCUAGUCUGCAUAUAUUUAUCAGUAUUUAAUUAUAAAUAUACAAGUAUUUUUUUUUUUUGUAUAUUGAAUGCAUUUUUCGUGUGUGCUGAUUUUCAUUCCAAGUUUUUUAAUUUGCUGUGACAAGUAAGUGAUCAAGUAGAUUUUAUGUUUAUAUUUAUCAUAAUUUUUUUAGUCAUAUAAAAUUUAAUUACAUAAUAAUUAUAAUUAUCAUUUUUAAUUAUCAUUUUCAAAUUAAAUAUAAUUUUACGAGUUGAAAGAAACACAACAAAAAUAAUAUUUACACAUCUUAUUUGUCAAAACUUUGAGGUAUCAACAACUAAAAUUCAUAGAAAUAAAAAUCGUAAUUAAAUAUCAUAAACAAAUCGGGUAAAAAUGUGUCUACUGACCACAAUCAAACACGAGUAAAAUUGAAAUUUUAUCAUCAUAAAAAAGCAUAACAAACAGAGAAAUAAAAAAUGGACCAAACGACCCCUGUGUAUUAAUAUAUCUGCAUAAAAAUUCAUAACACCACUGUGCUGAUAAAACAUCACACGCCACAUGAAAAAAUGUGAUUAAAAGAUUUUUUGUUUUUAAAAUAAAACAAUAAAAAAAGAACAAACGAGCAAAUAACGAAAAACAAAAUAUAAUUCCAUCAACUGUAUAUUUUUUUCGAUUAAAAAUUUUCUCAUAUAAAAAUAGACAAACAACGGGCUUCUAGCUUAUCAAUACAGAAAAAAAAAAAAAAAAAAUUUACUCCUAAAUUUAAUCAAAACAAACAGCGGCAAUUAAGGGUAGUUUUUUUUUUUUUAAAUAUCGCUAUGAUUAAACAAUUCUGGCGCAGAUAAAUUACUGGUUAUAACGACUUUUUUUUUUUUUUUUUUUAGGUAUUAGCGUUCAAAUAGAUGACAUAUAUUUUUGUACGUUCGCAUGUGUAUGUACCGAGGUUACUAUAUGAAUCGCAAAGAGAAAAAAAAAAAAAAAAUUAAAAUAAAUAAUCGUGUUUGUGAAAUGUUAAGGUUAAGUACCUAUAUAUCUAUACGUAUUCUAUUUUUUUUAAUAUUAAAUUUUUGUUUUAAAUAUAAAAUUAAAUUUUAAAAAUGCAAAUUAAGGUGUAUUCUUGUGGCAGUUGAUGAGUAGAAAUUAAAGCGGUGAACACGGUGA